AUGGUGAGGAAGGUGAAGUUUUGUUGGGGUUUGAUAGCAGUUUUAUCACUGUUUGGAGUAGUUUCUGGGAAUUUUAAUGGUGAAUAUAUAUCAGCAAUUGGUGAUCCUGGAAUGACAAGAGAUGGCCUCAGAGUUGCCAUUGAGUCUUGGAAUCAAUGCAAUGAGGUUGGAGAAGAAGCUCCCAACAUGGGAAGCCCUAGAAUGGCUGAUUGCUUUGAUGUCAAUUAUUUUGGGGAUAUCAAGCUAAUUCACAAGGUGCGAGAAUGGCAGAACAAGCUGGGCAUAUCCAACACACACUACCCAAUCACAAACAAAAGUGCAGAUCUCUUUGCAGCAUGGAAAGAAAUAUACUUAGGCCAAAACUGUGAAGUAAUAGACUUUCCAAGGCCAUGGCAGUUCUGGAUGAUAAUGCUUAAGAGUGGCAAUAUGGACACUUUAGCUGCCGUGUGCCCAGAAAAUGGCAAAAAGGCAAAGCCUUUUAACCAAACCAGUAGGUUUCCUUGCUUUGGAAAAGGCUGCAUGAACAUGCCUUCUAUGUACCACAAUUACACCACACUGUAUCAGAAUGAGAAUGAUGGUAGCAUGAUGAUGAAGGGAAGGUUCUACGGCUCAUGGGAUCUUGAAAUUGAUCAAGAUGAUGUGGAUAAAGCAGUAGAUAUGAAUGAUACUUCUUAUUACUCAGUAACUUGGGAGAAACCAGUGGCCAAGGGAAGUUGGGUGUUUCACCAUUUGUUGAAAACUUCUUCCAAGUAUCCAUGGCUCAUGCUCUAUUUGAGAUCAGAUGCUACCUCUGGCUUCUCUGGAGGCUACCAUUAUUCCACAAGAGGCAUGUCCAAAAUUGUACCAAAGUCACCACGUUUCAAGGUAAGGUUCACACUUGACAUAAAACGAGGAGGGGGUCCUAACAGCCAAUUCUACCUUAUGGACAUGGGAAGCUGUUGGAAGAACGAUGGUCGUCCCUGCGACGGUGACGUCACCUCUGACGUAACCCGUUAUAGUGAAAUGAUCAUCAACCCAGAGACUGAAGCAUGGUGCAAGCCCACCAGACUUGACCAGUGUCCGCCGUAUCACACCUUCGCAAACGGCACUCGGGUUCACCGGAACGACACCGUCCGCUUCCCCUACGACGCUUACCAUGUGUACUGUGCUCCUGGCAAUGCCAAGUACUUGGAGCAACCGGCAAAUACUUGUGACCCGUAUAGCAACCCACAGCCACAAGAGAUUCUGCAGAUUUUGCCCCACCCGGUUUGGGGCGAAUACGGGUACCCAACCAAAAAAGGCGAAGGGUGGGUCGGGGACCCGAGAAAUUGGGAGCUUGAUGUUGGAAGGCUUUCUCAGUCACUUCAUUUCUAUCAAGAUCCAGGCACAAGACCUGUGGAGAGAUACUGGCCAUCUAUUGACUUGGGAACUGAAAUCUACAUCAGUAAUGUUAGCGAAAUAGCAGAAUGGACAGUCAGCGAUUUUGAUAUCAUCAUUCCAAAGCAUGCUUAUUGAACUCCCAUGAUUCAGACCCUGAGAGGAAGUUAGAAUAAAAGCUCGGGACGAUGGGUGUUUCUCCAUCUUUUUCUUUUUCUUUUGGCCCCUCGCCAUUGCAGUAUUUGGAGUUCACUUCCACUUCAUUAUGUAAUUCUUGUCAAGGAUGACUUGAAUUAUAUUUA